UACAAAAUGUCUAUAAGUUUUUCGCGCAAAAUGUACUCAAAUCUUAUCAAUACAAAUGACUUGUUGUGAAUCACGUGUUGAAAACACAUCUGAAAUCAACGCCAUUUGAAUUGCGGCCAAAAUGCGGACAAGAAGUGGUCAGAAGUACACGGAAGAGGGCGGCAGUGAAGCGCCCAAACCUGUGGCCACACAACCGACCAAAACGCCGAAACGCACCGAAACCACGACCAAGAAAGAGACGACCGCUAAGAAAAAGGCGGUCAAAGACAGCGAACCCAAGACCGAGUCCAAGAAGAGUGAACCCAAGAGUGAGUCCAGGAGUGAAUCGGCGCCCAAACGGAGCCGAAGAGCGGCCGUUGCGGAGGAAGAGAAGCCGACCACAAGUGCUGUCAAAGAGAAGAGAGGGACGCGAAGCGCGAGAAAUGCGGAACCGGUUGUCGAAGCGAUUGUCGAACCGAUGAGAAAGAGUCGGAGAGGAAAAGCGGCGGAAGAGAAGAGCGAAGCGCCGAAAGUGGAGAAAAGCGUCGCCAAAAAAGCGAACGAAAAG